GCAGGAGAUACUUACCACUCCUUCUACUCCUCCUACUCCUCCUACUCCUCCGAUCCUUACUGUUUGUGCCCCAUCACUUUGCACUCCCCUGGAGCUCCCGGCCCAGAGUCACCCAGAAGGCCUCUCCCCCGCCCAGAAUACUGCCGUACAUAUUCGAUCACCUAUCCUUCAACUCACUCGGCCUGAUCCGAGGUCCUCAUUGAUCACCGCCUUAGCGCCCUCAUUGCAGUUUGCAGCUGUUUGCAUCAUCUGGCCCCGACUUCUCAGUUGAAUCAACACACUGUUUUCUGUCACAGUGACCUGCCUUUCCUUCGUCCUUCGUCUAUCGCUCCAUAUCCAGACCCUUCUCAGUGCGUCGGGCCCGCCAUGGACGGCGAUGUGGUGGCACAGUUCACUGAGAUCACCGGCUCUAAGCCCGAGCUCGCUACCCAAUAUCUGCAGCUGGCCGAUUUCAACAUCGAGCAGGCCGUGCAACUUUUCUUCGAAAACGGCGGUGCUGCCUUGACUGAGGAUACUUCAGCGUCGACCUCGAACCCUCCCAGAGCCCCUCAUGCCGUCGGGUACGAAGAUGAGUCGGGGACUGUCCAUGUGGACUCGGACGAUGACCUCACAAUAGACGAAACACGCUCUGCCCCCCGCAACCAACAAUCGCACGGCAGCGCUACCUUCGAAGAUGACGCGGCGAUGGCUCGUCGCCUCCAGGAAGAGAUGUAUAGAGGAGGUGGCAAUGAUGAAGAUGACGUGCGUGCGCCGAUGGCUCGGACGACGGAAACCUUGGUGGGGCCUGAAGCAGACUUUGAUGAUGGCGAUAUGCAUGCCAGCAUCUUGGGACAACUGCGCGCCCGUCAACAGCGACAGAACCGGCCCGGCAUUUUCAACCAGCGAGACACGGCAUCGAUAUGGACUGGUGAGGACGAAAGCUCACAGCGCGAGAGACUGUCGGCUGCGACUGGAGGAGCAUCGGACGCCUCCAACAAGUCCAAUAUGCUGGCUGAGAUGUAUCGUCCCCCAUUCGACAUCAUGUCUAGGCUUUCAUGGGACAUGGCCCGAGAGGAAGGCCGUGGCAAUGAAAGGUGGCUGCUGGUCAAUAUCCAGGAUCCUUCUGUCUUCGACUGCCAGGUUCUCAACAGGGAUCUCUGGAAAGACCCCAGCGUGAAAGACACCGUCAAAGAACAUUUCAUAUUUUUGCAGUUCUCCAAAGACGACCCACGCGCCGGGCCGUAUUUGCAGUACUAUUUCCAGGGAAGCGAUGUUUCGGAGAACUACCCUCACAUCGCCAUUGUUGAUCCGCGGACUGGAGAGCAGAUGAAGGUGUGGUCGGGCCCCCCCGUGGUGAAGGCCUCGGACUUCCUGAUGCAACUCCACGAGUUCCUCGACCGUUACAGCCUGAAGCAUAAUGUGCGCAACCCCGUGGCUAAGCGGAAACCCGAGAAGAAGGAGAAGAACAUCGAUGCAAUGACCGAGGAGGAAAUGAUGGAGAUGGCGUUGAGGAACAGCCUUGGGGACGAGGCGACACAGGCCCCGAAGAUGGAGGAUCCCGACGAUCUCACGCGCAGCACGGAGGAUGUGAAGGGGAAGGGUAAGGCUGUUGACGAGGAUUUCGAGAUGGAUGAGGCCGAGCCAAGCGUGCAGAGCGCGUUUGCCUCCAUCCCGGACAACCGACCCCACACGGAGCCACCGGCGGACCCAGCCACCACCACCCGCAUCCAGCUCCGACACCCAUCGGGUCGGGUGAUUCGGCGGUUUGCUCUGACGGACCCUGUGCAGCGGAUCUACGAAUGGCUGAAGGCGGAGCCCCCGUUGGCCGACAAGGCGGGGGUGGAGUUUGACCUCAAUUCCAUGGGCCGCAAUCUGAUUGACACCUUGGACUCGACCAUCGAAGCUGCGGGGUUGAAGAACGGCACCGUUAUGAUAGGAUAUCACGAGGAAUAAAUCGGGGUCGGAUUGCACUUGAUGGCGGGAGUUAAGGGGGGGGGGGGCGAUUGGGACUGGG